GUUUUUUUUCGAUUUCAGAUUCUCUCUUUCGUGCGAGAUGGAAACGAAAUUGGAGGAUUUUGCGCCAGAGAAGCGUGUGAAGAAGCCGAAGCGCGUUCUUCAUUUCAGCGAUGGGGUUUUGGAGGAAUACAGUGACCAGGAAGGUGAUGAGUUGGAUGGUGUAUCCACUAAUGGGAAUGCGGUGAAUGAAGUCGCUUUGGUGCCCGCGGAAUGGGGUCCAUGGUUUUGGUUCGUGACAACGUCCACGCUCGGGAAAUUGUUAUCGAUGGCGGAUUCCGCUGGAGGAACACUGGCGAAUUUCUUUGGCAUUACUUCGCCCAAGUAUCAGUUGGAGAUUGACGAAUUUGAGCGUAUGCAACAAGAGGAUAAAGAAAGAGAAGAAAAACUCAAGGAGCAAAUGGCGGGUUGGGAGUCGACUGAAACUUGCCACACAGCCGUCGUUGAUUCCCCCAUUUCAACGGAUGAAGUUCGCAUAACCUCCAUUGAAGGCAAAUUCAAGUUACCGGAAAUCCAUCCCAAGUCUGACAAGUGGGAACGUUACUGAAACUCCGUGCGAUGCGUGUUUUUCGACGCUUUGUUUCAUGUGUGCCUUUGCCGUUUUGCGAUUUCAUUGAUCUCAGUAUUUGCACGGUUUUUGCGCCGGAUUCUUUCGCCUGAACUAUUGGUGUUGUGAUGUUCUACUUCGCGUAUCGGAUAACAAUUUCAGUCGAUCAAAAUAGUCGCCGAUGUGAUUCGCACUUGCUUACGUGGCAUUGAUGGAAAUGUCGGGAAUACUGAAAAGGGGGUUUGCGAUAAAAUGAAACCAGUGCCUGCACAAUGCAAAA